AUGGAAACUCAUAAGAAAAUUUAUAAAAGGAGAAAUGAACUUCCUUUAAACAAAUUUCAUCAACUUAAAAGAUCAAAAACAAAUCAAAAGGAGGGAGAGAGUUGUAAGAAAAUAAAAAAGUAAAUUAGAGAUCUUCAAAGAUUAAUAGAUAAAGUAUAUUAAUAAAUUAAAUAAAGGGUCAUAUAAAUGAAGAAGUAAAAUAGGCUAAAUAAUAAGAUCUAGAGGCUAAAUAAAAAUAAUUAAAUUAGAAAUAAAAUGAAUAUAAAUAGUAAUAGAAAAAAAUUGAUUAUUUUGCCAGAAAAUAUAGGAAAAUAAAAUAAGUGGAUUUAAAAAAAUUAAAGAGAUAAUUAGAAAAGAUUUAAAAAGAGCUAGAAAUAACAGAAUGUAGAGAACCAUUAUUAUAGUAAGAAUCUGAGAUAUAAGAAAAAAUAAAUUAUGUUAAAUAUUAUCCUAAAGAUUAAAAAUAUAUUUCAUUAUUUGGUAAAAAUAUAAAUGAACAUGCAAAAGAAUAAUAAGAAAUUUUAAUUGAUAAAAGCAAAAAGAAUGUAAUAAUUAAUAUAUAAAAUUAGUUUAAAUAAAAAGAAUCCAAAAAGUAUAGAAUGAUUGAAGAGACUCAUAAAUAAAUGAAUGAUGAUUUUUUGAUGGAUGAAGAAAAUGAUCAAAUUAUUAGCAAAUAAUUAGUUGAUAAAUAAGGGAAAGUAAUUAAAUAAAUGAAAUUUAAUUAAAUGUAAUGA